UGACAAGAGGGGCGGCCAGGGUGCAGGCGGCGGCGGAGGCGGCGGAGGUGGUGUGGCAGCAAGCGGCGGUGGCGGGAGCAGCAGGAGGAGUUGGAGAGAGAGAGCCUAGAGUUGGAGCGGCAGCAGCUAGAGCUACGACAGCUGGAGGAGCAGUAGCAGCAGCAGCAGCAGCAGCAGCAGGAGGAGCAGCAGCAGCAGCAGCAGCAGCUGCAGCAGAAGCAGCCGCUGCACGAGGAGCAGCAGUAGCAGCCGCAGCAGGUGUAGCAGCAGCCACCACCUCCUCCUCCUGUCUCUGGUCUAUGGACCCUCGGUCUCCCCUCUCCCUCUCCUCCCUCCUCCCCUGUCGGAACCUCACCACCUCCCUGCAUCCCGUGCUGCCCUUUCUGUCAGACUCAUGCCCUUGCUGGCCUCCUUUCUCUUGUUGUCUCCUUCUCCUUAUCUCCCUGUACUGCACUUGCUACCUCCCCUUUCGUCAUCUGCUGAUCACAAUGGUCCUUUCCUGCCACUGCUCUUUAGGAUGCACUCACUCUGAUAAGCUCUAG